UACAGCUGGGUGGAAACUCUGUGAUGGACCAAGUCCUAACAUGUACUGAACAGGUUUAAAUGCUUGGUUUCACCUUUCAGCUUGAAGAAACAUCAGCUGUAAUCAGUGACAAAAAGCUCUUUGUUAAAGCUGAGUUCUCUCCAGCUGCCAUUGAGGAAUUUAAAAGAGAUAAUACAAGUCUUCAGCUUAAUGACAUCCUAGGUGGGCUGAUUUUUAUCAAAAAAUACUCAGUGCGUGCCACUGAGGAAAACGAGUUGGAUCAUGCUGAGUUUUUAAUCAGCAUUGAAGAGUUCAAGUUUGCUGGAGGGGAGGGCAACACACAGUUUGGUAGUGAUGUCACAGAUAGUUCAGCCUGUCCCCAGUUUAAGGCCAGACUACAGCAACUGUGGAGAGCCGGACAACUCAGGAAACAACUUGUGGGAGGUAAUAGUGAACAUUCUCCCCCCACCUGCCCAUGUUUUGUUUUACUUUGUUUUUCAUUUGUUUGUUUAUUUAAAAUUUUUGCUGGAGCCUGCAUGACCAAGUUUUUUAGGGCACUAGAUUUGAAAUCUAGAGUCCAUGGUUCAAAACGUCUGCCCAGCUACUAAGCUAAGCUGGAUUUGUUUUUUUCCAGGUGUUAAGUUCAACUCUGUGGCUAUGCUUUGUAACCUAGGAAGUGAAUAACUAGCUUGGCUUCUUUGAAGAACUUUUUGUUCUGUUUGUAAUAUUUAUUUGUUGCUGAUAGUUAACAGUGCGUUCAAUAAGCAUGCAGUGGUACUGAUUCAGGGUUUUAGCCAGAUGGGUGUCCAGGCAUCCUGAGGAUGGCCACUUUCUAUAGAAAAUUAUUUAUUUUUCAUAUGCUGCCUUUGAGCAGGCCCUAUUAUAGCACAUAUUGGACGUCCACUCUUCAAAUUCUGGCUAAAAGCCUGUACUGAUUAAUAACAUUAUGUACAACAUAAUUUAAUUUCAAUGUUACUGAAGA